AUGGUCACCCGGUGGCCGUCCUAUCAAGACCUUUCGCCGACUACUUUACAUGCUAGAUGUGCACUAAGGCUCAUUACCCAGGCCCUGCUGGAGAGACAUAUUAAAUUUCGAUGGAACUUUCCGUUCGCCUUCCUGGUGACGCAUCAAGAUAAGACACACACCAAUACUACACCGGCGGACGUACCGGAUUUCCAACAGGCUUUGGGCCUACCUCCCACCAAAGUGGAAGACUUCGUCUAUCGGGCUGUCCACCCAAACAGAUGCCGCAAAGGUCCAGAUAGCAAAGAACACCAAGAAAGCUCAGAAUGCAGAUCCAGCCGGGAACCUAAACCCUCACUACACCCAGAGAUAAAGCGUCCUGAGGACUGUUACUGA